UUUGUACAUGUACACAUCGGAUGUUCGGGGGUGACAAAUACACUCUGCCCUGCUGUGAUCCUGCUGCCCCGUGCUCACGGAUCGUCCGCCUUGCUCUCUUCUGCCCCCUGGAGACAUGGCCUUCAAAUGGAAUACCUGGUACUUCCCUGCAGCCCUUGGGCUGCUGGGCGUAUUCUGCCUCACAGCCCUGAUCCUCAGCUUGGUGGGAAUCCACAAGGUCACGUUACCUGCCAGGAACAAGUAUGGACUGGUGUUUGAUGCGGGCUCAUCCCACACCUCCCUGUUUGUCUACCAGUGGCCGACGGACAAAGAAAACAACACCGGCGUCGUCAGCCAAACUUUCUCCUGCCAUGUCAACGCAUCUGGGAUAUCGAGUUUUGCAAACAACCCUGCAGAAGCAGGCGUCUCCCUCCAGAAAUGCCUGGAUGAGGCCAUGACGGUUAUCCCUUUAGAACGGCAGCGGGAGACACCGGCUUAUCUGGGAGCUACAGCUGGCAUGAGGCUACUCAGAAUGGAGAACGAGACGGCAUCAGCGCGGGUUCUGGAGGAAGUCGGGAAGACCAUCCAGAAAUAUCCGGUGAGCUUCCGAGGCGCUCGGAUCAUUACCGGGGAGGACGAAGGCGCCUACGGGUGGAUCACCAUCAACUACCUGCUGGACUCCUUUACCGAGUAUUCUGCUAAAGACCAAGACUGGAUUCAUCCUCCAUCAGCCAAUAUCCUGGGAGCUCUGGAUCUCGGAGGGGCCUCGACCCAAAUUAGUUUCAUGCCAUCCGGCCACAUCGCCGACCAGUCCAAAGCCGCUCGCUUCCGGCUUUAUGGCUUCGAUUAUGCCAUCUAUACCCACAGCUACCUGUGCUACGGUCAGAACCAAGCCCUCCAGCAAGCAAUCCGGGUUAUUCUUAAUCUAACCACCUCUGCCACGGCCAACCACCCUUGCUAUCCGGUGGGCUACAAUGAUUCCGUCAUGACGGAAGCCCUCUAUGACAGCCCAUGUGCCCAGCGACCGAGCACACCUGCCGCCUCGAGGAACGUGACUCUGGUGGGCACUGGAAAUGCCAACCUUUGCCGGGAGACCUUCAAGAAGAUCUUCAACUUCUCCGGCUGCAGCCAUGAUGGAUCCUGCGGCUUCAAUGGGGUCUACCAGCCACCAGUCAACGGAAAAUUCCUGGCCUUUUCUGCCUACUACUACACCUUCCACUUUCUCAACUUGACCGAGACUCAGCCGUUGGACACCGUAGAAGAUGCCGUUCAGGCGUUCUGCAAAAGAACAUGGGAUGAAUUGAUGUUGAGUUAUCCCACGGAGAAGAAGAGCCGUCUAAAAGACUACUGCGCCAGCGCGAAUUACAUCCUAACCCUCCUGUUGAACGGUUAUGGCUUCAGCAACGUCACUUGGAGGAAUAUUGCCUUCCGGAUGCAGGCCGCCAACUCGGACAUCGGUUGGACGCUCGGCUACAUGCUCAACCUCACGAACAUGAUCCCGGCGGAAGCCCCCCGGCCGCUGAGAGGUCACGAGGAAGGGGAGUGGGCGGCCGCCAUCUUCUUCAUUGCCGCUGCGCUGGCCCUCUGCCUCGUUCUGCUCCUCCUCUCUGCCUUGCGGUGAGAGAGGCGCUAUUGGGACCGUCCAUGCCCGGCACGGCGAGCACUCUUGCGCACUCUCGAGCGAGGGGGGACUCCCAGUGCUAUGCAUCUCCGACCCCAGAAGUCUUCCCAGAUGCGCUGUCCAGGAGAUGCCAUGCUGGGCCUGCCACCCUUCCGGAGGGACCCUCCUGGGCCCAACAGAUUCAACGCCGGCUACUCAUCCAAGAGUCAUUUUUGUCUUUCUUGGGAGCCAUUUAAUUAACCCACCACCGCUUUUCCCCCCCUCUAGUAGCCGCGAACCAGGAAGCACCCAGUUCAACUCUGACCUCAAUUUACACAGUGGCCUUAGGGAACUCUUUCUCUCUGCCUCAGUCACCCAUCUGCAAAAUUGGCAUAAUAAUGCUGGCCGACCUUAUAGGGUUGUGUGAAGGAUGGACUCCAGAUUUAAGUCUUGCUUCAAGAAGACUUGUUGAAAUCAAUGGGAAUUAAGUUAGUCCUAACAUGUCCUGUUGAUUCCAAUGGGUCUCUUCUGAAUUUGACUAAAACUGGCUCCAACCCAAUGGCUUAAACUGCCUAAAUGCUGAAUCGGUAAUUUUGUCAAUAUUACUGUUAUUAUUUCCCCACCUGCUCUAUUUUCUGGAGCCCUCCGAGAAAGACUUGCAACGAUCACACGAACGCAGUACUUGCUAUCCUGAUUUGCGAGUGAUUUGCCUACGUGGCCGUGGAUGGCCACUCGAAACGGCCCUGUGCUGUUCAGAAAACAUGUUAUUCGUAGAAAAAGUGCAGAAAAGGGCAACUAAAAUGAUGAAGGGGCUGGAGCAUCUCCCCUACGAGGGAAGGUUACAACAGACGGGAUUGCUUAGCUUGGGAAAAAGGAGGCUGAGCAGAGACAGGAUAGAGGUGGACAAAAUCAUGCCUGGUGUGGACAGGGGGACAUUUUUCUCCCUCUCUCAAAAUGCUAGAACCCAACGGAGUCAUCUCAUGGAGCUGAUUGGGGGGAGAUUUAGGACAAAUUAAAGGAAGGACUUCUUCACACAGCGCAGAGUUAAAUGAUGGAAUUCUCUAUCACACGAUGGAACAAUGGCCACCAAUUUGGAUGGCUUUAAAAGGGGGGUGGAUAAAUUCUUGAAAGAGAAGGCGAUCCAUAGCUACUAGCCCUGAUGGUUAUGUGCUACCUCCAGAUCUGAGGCAGUAAGCCUGUGUGCACCAGUUGCUGGGGAACAUGGGCAGGAGGGUACUGAUGUUCUGCUUUGUUGGUCCCUGGCCGACGGCUGGUUGGCCCCUGCGUGAACAGAGUGCUGGGCUAGAUGGACCCUCGUGUGAUUCAGCAGUACACUUCUUUUGUUCUUAGCCUUUUUGCCGUGGCAUGGUUGUGACGGCUACAUGCCAGUGGUUAAAUAUGGCAGCCUGUGGCAGGAAUGUUGGAGAUUUGAAUUAAUUUGGAUUUCUCUGAAUCUGACCUGCGGAUGCUACAGCAGAUUGCCUUCUUCUGAGUCAUGAGGACUUCUGGACUCGUUUUUUUCACUUUUGGAAGGGAUUUGCACUCAUUCGCCUUUGCGCACACUACUUAACAUGGAACGGUAGCUACUGUGGUCUGGUCAUUGGGGUCACGCCUGGGAACCCCGUGGUGGGGCCUUCCUUCCACCCUGGGAGAAAGGUGGAAUCCUAUAUUCUAAUAAUGAACCUAUUCUCUGAGUGCUUUUUCCUUAAGUAGCCAAAACUGCACCACCCAUGCACAAAAAGGUGGUAUUUGCAGGCUUGCAUUUCCUUCCAGGUUUGCAGAAGUACAACUAAAUCUUGAAAGGAAAAAGGCAUAAGAGGUAGGGUUAAAAAAUAAACAAUGGCCAGUGAGGACUGUAUGCUUCAUGACCACAAAAUAUUCACUGUCUGUUAGAGUGAGAAUGGAUUGGAGUAUUUUAGAAAAGGGCCCGGCUGGCACCUUGUACAGAAGCAUUCCAAAGUGCAAUAUUUUUGUUUCACAUCCCACUUGUAUAAAUUGGUGAAAUACUUGAGGAUUUGGUUUUAACGGUCUGGAUAUCGUCUCUUUGUUGCGAAAGGCCGGUUCUGUUUUCAUAUUCCGUUUUCGCACGGGGAGGUUUU